AUGAAAUCUGGGAACUGCGAAAUUGUAAAAUCAGAACCGUCGAUCAGCUCUAAGGAAUCUUUGAACUUGAUUGAUAGUGAAGAUGAUUAUAACAAAAUUCCAGUACCGGAUGGAGGCUAUGGUUGGGUAGUCGUUUUUUCUUCAUUUAUAUUCAACUUCUGCACCUAUGGUGCAACUGCUGGAUAUUCUGCUUAUUUAUCAUACUAUAUGAGUAGUGAUAAAUAUCAAACUGGCUCAGAUCUAGAUUAUGCCGCUAUAGGCGGUUUAUCGUUUGGGGUUGGACUGGUUCUAGCACCAUUAAUUAAUUUUAUGUUGAUCAAAACUUCAGUGAAAAAAGUUCUGCUUCUAGGUAUUGUGGUUCAAAAUGGAUCAGUACUCUUAGCUGCUUAUUCAACAAAAUUAUGGCAAGUGUACUUGACGCAAGGAGUUGGGAUUUCUUUUGGUAUAGGUGCAAUCUGUUUCCCUAAUACAAAUAUUGUUGCUCCAUGGUUUAGAGAGAAAAGGUCUCUUGCUUUGGGUAUAAGUGCAGGCGGUGCAGGUCUUGGAGGUAUUGUCUUUAAUCUUUCCAUGCAAAAAAUUAUUGAUGGUCAGAAUGUUAGGUGGGCAUUAUUGGCCCAAUGUAUAAUAUGUUCUGUGCUGAGUGCAAUUGCUCUUAUUCUCGUUAAAACAAGAAAAGAUGAGAUAGAGAAGUACGCAGUGGUCCAGUAUAAGAUUAUUGAGUGGGAAAUGUUUAAAUAUCCAGUGGUUUGGCUUCUUUUACUAUGGGUAUGUCUCACAAUGCUGGGUUACGUUAUUCAAGUGUUUUCUCUUUAUUCAUUCACUGUCUCAUUAGGAUAUUCUUCACACCAAGGGUCAGUCGUUUCAAGUAUGAUUAGUUUGGGAGCUUUAGUUGGCAGACCAAUGGUUGGAUUUUUGUCUGAUAAAUUUGGCCCUGUUACCACGGCUAUGUUCUGUCACUUGAUUGUUGGGAUCUUAUGUUAUGCAAUGUGGAUUCCUUGCCGGAAGUACGGCAAUGUUAUUGUAUUUGCAUUAUUAGAGGGAAUGCUAAUGGGUACAAUUUGGCCCAUUUUAACUUCAAUUAUCACAAGGUUAGUUGGUCUUCCAAAACUGGAAUCGGUUUAUUCGGCCGUAUGGAUAUUUAUUGGCUCAUGUUCCAUUGUGUCACCUGUAAUUGGUCUAGAAUUGAAGAAGAAUCAUUAUAAAAAAGGCGAAAAUGCAUAUCUUUACACUGCUAUAUAUGCUGGUACUGCCUAUAUAUGUGCGGCGGUUUCUUUGUGCUUCAUUCGUGGUCUUCUGGUUGCACGAGACAAGAUUAGUGAGAAAGAGAAAACUGGUGACGAUGAUGGAGAAUUACACUUCAGGCCCUCUUUAAAAGAAACUAUACAGGGCAUCUUCACCUGGAGAAAACUAUAUCGUAAAGUAUAA